GACAUGUGGAGUUUGGAAAGGCCUUAAAUAAGAAUUCCAACCUAUGAGAUGGAAGCUUAUCAAGAGGGUGAUAGCUUCCCCCCCAGGUGAAAGACCUUAGAGGAAAACAUAGCUUAUUCAGAUGUUUUAAUGACUUUUACUUAAAGAAACAAACAGAUCAACAGUUGUAGUGAAUUCCAGAAUGAGGUACUUAAGAAUUGAUUUAGGGACAGUAAAAAUUCCCUGUACAAAAUCAAGGUGCUUCCCCAUAACUGGUCAUGUAAGCUGUUGUUCAGAAUAACUGAUCUUCCAAAAUCUCACUCACUCCCCUGGAUACUGCUUCUAAGGACUUCUCCCUCUGACAGCGAUGGUGACUCCCCUGUCUUCAAAUAGCAGAUCACGUCUCAUUUGGGAACUGAAAGUUCUGCUCAUGGUUAGGAUUAGAGAAAGGGAUGCCUACUUCUAUUAAGAUCAGGAGAAUGGACCACAGAGUGUGUCACUUCUUCAAAAGAAAAUGAUUUCAGUUUCUCAAGUAGAGAUUACGUCUAAAAUAUAUAGAGAACUUUGUCAAACAGAAGAAUAUGAACCACUCCCAAAAGAUAUGAACAGUUUUUUCAUGAAGAAAUCAAAGCCAUUUAUAAGUGUGUGAAAAAUAUUAACCUCACCUGACCUAAACCUGUCCAAUGGGAUGUCAAAUUUUACAUGACAGUAAACAUUCCUUAUAUAAGUAGCCAUAGGAACACUCCCAACUAUCCAUGACUCUUUCAUGACAUAUAAAUCUCCUCCCUCAAUGUAGUUUUACAUAGAUUUGUAUACAUUAUUAAGAUAUUAAAAGUCAGGAAUUAGUCUGGCACUUGAGAGUCCAGUUCUGGAGAUGAUGCCAGAGGGAGAAAGAGGAUUGACUCAGACAAUAAGAGCAGAAGUAAAUUGGAAGAGUGGACAGUUGUUAAGAGGAGAGGAAGCAGAAGGAAAAGAAGAGAGUAAAAAAAAGGUGACAGCCACUGCUCACCUUUCAGGGGAGAGAAACCUCACAAGGAGAUGCCUUCUUUUAGCCCUCACAGCCCAUUGAUAGGUCCUUUGGUCCUUUGUAAUUUGGUACAUCAGUUACUUAAUUGUUGGACAGAUUUUCUGUACUAACCAAAUGGCCUGAAGCUUUUCCAUUCAGUACAAAUACAGUUAGCUUUGUGGUGAAAGUGUUGAUUAAGGAAAUUAUACCUACAUUUGGAGUACCAUUAAUAAUAGACUCUGAUAAAAGAUCCCAUUUCACUCAAGACAUCCUAAAAAGAGUCUAUGAAAAUCUAGGAAUAACACCAAAAUAUCAUUAUUAGCUACAAAGUUCAGGGCAAGUGGAGCAAGUAAAUAAGGAAAUAAGGAGUGAAAGGAAAGAGAUUUCACAGAAAUUUGAGGGUUUUCAUUACAACCUAUGUGGUCUGCCAAAAACUAAUCAUGAAAAUGGGUUUUGCCAAGACUGUGAAUUGCCAAAACUGUAAAGAUUUUGGCCAAACUGUAAAGAUAAUUUUUAGUGUCUUGAUUUAAAAUCCAAAAUUAAAUGGUCGCCAUGGGAAAAUUCCCAAAUAUGAAAAUACCCAAGUCAGUUGGGUUUCAUGGAAAUUUUAAUUAAUACAAAUGAAGGAAUUAAGGGAAGGGAAGAGAGGGAGGGAGAGAGAGAGAGAGAGAGAGAGAGAGAGAGAGAGAGAGAGAGAGAGAGAGAGAGAGAGAGAGAGAGAGACAGAAUAGUAGAAAAGGGCUAGGUCAAAUGGCCUAGGCCUAAGCCUAAGGGAGAGCGAGUCAGUCUGUAUCACUCACCAGAAGAUCCUCUCAAGCAAGCUCCUGUCCUCCAAUGAACUCCAGACCUCCUCCUCCAAUUCAACUUCCAAACUGAACUAACUCCAAACUGAACUGAAUUCUUCUUAAAAGAAAUUUUCUCUUAUGUCACCUCCCCUAAAUUUUCACAUCUACCAAUCAUAGUAGUCAUUUUUCCCAGGACUGCCCAUUCUUAUUCUCAUCUUCUUUUGUUCUCACCUUCUCUGGUUAGAUAAAACUUCACAUCUCUUUUGUUGAGCUUGCCUUUUGUAAUUUGCUUGACCUUUUAGUGAUUAAUUUAACCUUAAUAGGUACUUAGCACCCUUUUGUAUUAGAUCUAAAAAUAGACCACCUAGCUUAAGGGUUUGGCUUCACUAUAAGUAUGAAUUAGGGACUUUUCAUUGUUCAGUCAGGAGUUUGCAACUUUAUCUUCCCCUAAGGCACUGUCUGAGUAGGGUGGAGUAAUUUUAAAGGUUCUUAAAACAUUACUGAUCAAGUACCUCCAUUGUUAAAAAUGGGGAAUAGCUUAAUCUAAUUUUCUGAAGUAGAGUCUGAGCAGUUUUAAGAUUCACAAGGGAAAGGAGUUAACUUAUGAAAAAGGUGAAAAGGUAAUCCUCUAAAGUAAUCUGAAGAUAAAGUAGCCCCCUUCCUACCCCCCACCCCCUGCCUGACUGUAUCUGAGCAUUGUGCUCAUUACAGGUCCCACUCUUCAAACAGGCAUUACAUACCAGUAGAACUAAAGAAGCUGUGAAAUAAAGAGUGGGCAAUCCUGGAGAGGAGCUUCUUCUGUGAUUGGUAGAUGUGAAAUUUAGGGGAGGUGAUACAGGAGAAAAAGAUCUUUAAAAAGAUGACCAGAGGCCAAAAAAGAAGAGGGUUAAAUUCAAUAUUCGAUUCAAGUUAGAUCAAAGAACUCUUACUUGGAGGAGCACCUGGAAGACAUGUGAGAUUUAAAAUGGUUGAGGUCUUAAACUGUAGUGAUUAAAAUAGUGGAAGAUAUAAAUUGUGAUAGAUAUAAAAGAGGGUGAGUAAGUUUGACCACAGAAAUAUGUUUCACUACAGUGUCUUGGGUUUAAAAUCAAAUAUAAGGUGGUCACCAGGGAAAUAUUCCCAAUUAUUCAAAUAUCCAAGUCAAUUGGGUUUAUACAGAUUUUAAUUAACAAUACAAUGAGUAAUCAAGAAAGAGAGAGAGAGUAAGAAAGGAAUAAGUAUGAAGGGCCUCAAAGCCAAUAUGGCCUAGACCUGAGUCUUAAAAGAGAAAUCAGUCAGUUUUUUAACACUCACCAUAAGAUCUGUCUAAGUAAGGAUUUCUAAUGACACCAGGCCAGCAGCAUCUCAGCUGCUUUCACCAGCUCCCUCCUCCAUCUGAAUGUUUCAGAAUCAGUCUCCUCAGAAUGAGUCUCUCCAAUCUGAAUGUUUCCGAAUGACUUCCCAGCUCUUCCCUGAGCUCUUAGUUUUAAGGGCAAAAUUUCCUCUGUCAUCUCCCCUAAGUCCUUACAUCUACCAAUCACUGUAGAUGUUUCUAAAGGACCACCCAUUUUUAGUCCACACCUAAGAAGGUGUGGAUUUUUGAGUAAUUCACACCAGGAAAUCUCUGAGUAACUUUUCCAGUUCUUUGUUCCUUGUAAAUUCACAAGUUGCUUGACCUUUAUAGGUACUUAGCUUAAGAAAAGUAUGGGUUUAAGUACUUUUCAUUGUUCAGAAAAGUGUUUACAACUUUAUCUUCCCUUAGGGCAGACCCAAGUAGGUAAAGCAGAAUUCUCACAUUCCUGCUUUAAGUAGAGUUCACUGCCCAAAUGGGGAAUGGUCUUAAUCCAAUCUUAUAAAGUAGGGUCUGGGAAAUUUUAAGGUUUACAGACAGUCACUCAGACUUGGAGUGAAGACACUUGGCUGUAGAACUGGACCCCUGGAGGAGCUCAUGCAGGAGACCUCAGACUGCUUUCCUUUUAGACAGACACUGUUGGUGAGUGAAAGGCUGACUUAGUGAUCCCACCUUUUUGGAAGUGUGAACCUCCAAGAAAGGCCCAUCAUCUUGAGACCCUUUUCCCUUACUAGGGCCUUAUAAUUUCCACCUGGCUCAGAGGAAGCCAAAAUUCUCUCUCUUUCUCUCUCUCUCACUCUCUUUCUUUCUUUCUCUCUCUCUCUCUCUCCUUAAUAUCUUCCCUGUAUUGUAAACAAACUGCCAUGAAUUUACAUUUUACUUUAGUAAUUCAUUUUGGGAUUUGGAAAUUAAAUCCCUGGUGACCACCUAAUUAAAUAUAUUCAGGGUGCAACCACAAUUAAAUUUAACAUUCCAAAGGAUGAAUCAAAAGACACAGACAAGGAUUUUUUAAAAACAAAAACUCUAAUUUUGGAACAGUCAUAUAAAAAAUGAUCAAAAUUCUUAAUAAUUGUUGUUUGGCCACUUCUGUCAUAUCAGAUCCUUUUGAUCACAUUUGUUGGGGGUUUUUUGGCAAAGAUAUUGGAGUAGAUUUCUAUUUCUUUCUCAAGCUCAUUUUAUUUAUAAGGAAACUGAGGCAAACUGGGCUAAAGGACAUGCCAAGGGUGGCACAGUUGUAACUUUCUGAGUUGGAUUUGAAGUAAGUUCUUCCUGACUGUGGAUCCAGUGCUCUGUCCUCCAUGCCACCUACUAAUAAUUACAAAUAUGCCCUACAAAUAAUGAAGGGUGGAAAAACAAAUUAAAACAAGUCUGAAGAUUGUAUCAAACAACCAUCAGAAUCCAGAGUUAACAAGAAAGGAAAAUGGGACAUCCUUGAGAAGCUGUGGGUAAAUGUGAAGGGUUAAAUUUUGGGGGGUAGGAGUUUGAACAAAAUGAAGAGAGCAGCUUCUUAAACACAAAACAGUUAAGUAUUAGGAAAGUAUUAGGAAGUAUUAGGAAAAUACAAUAGGAAAUAGAAAGGAAUAAAGUGAGAGUAAUCUUAUGAUAGCUUUUAACUAUACCUAAGAUCUAAAUCCUGACUAAAAUUUUCUAAAAAUCCCUAAAUCUUUCGGCCUUGGAGGACAGGAUCUUCUACCAGGCCAAGACCCAGCCUACUCUCCUACUCUGACUAUCUAAUAAUAUAUCCACUCUCUAUAUACCCCUGUUAAUUAGUAAUCAAUAAGGCUAUUAAGGCCUUAAUUCCAUUUCUCUGUCUCCAUCUGUCAGAAACAGUCAGUCCCAGAGAGAGCCACACACUCCUCUCCCCAGGAGACCCAGAGACAAAAGCCCUUUUCCACUGCCUGUGAGUUACUCACCCCACUCGGCCACACCCUUCUAACUGUCCAUCACUUUGUAAAUAAAGCUACUAAAAGUCAUUUUGACUUAAGCUAUAAUAUUUUCAAAUGUGCCACCAAAAUAUUCGUUUAGAACUCUCAUAUUUAGCCUAAAAGCUAAUUUUUAAUUUCUUACAAUUUCCAAUUAAUUUUUAGUCUUUUCAUAAAUUGUUACUAUUAUAAUUUUUAUUGGAUCAUGAUCUGAACAGGAUGCAUUUAUUACUUCUGCUGUUUUUGUCUUUGGUUGUGAAGUUUUUAGGCCCUAGAAUGUGGUCAGAGCAAGAGGGGCGUGGCCAGGGACACCUGGGCAAUAGGGACCUGCCUAGAAAGGGUGGACCAUGAGGGCGGGGCUUUGUCCUUCUCCCUGUGCCUCUUCUAAGCUCCUGUAGAGGUCUCAGUCUCAGCCUGGCUCUGCAGUCUGUCAGGAGCCUGGCGACGCCCACAUUUCUUUUCCCUGUGGUAAGGGGAGAAGAAAAGGUUCCUGCCCCCCUCCCUGCCCCCCUCCCCACCCCCGCAUUGUCAUGGAUCAGAAAGACAUGCAACUCCGGACGCCUGAUGCCCUGGGACCCUUUUCUUUCUAUCCGAAUAGCCGGAGACCAGAGCUGGGCCAGCACAGGCACCACUCUCCCUCACACCCAAAGGCCCAAAGUGGGCGCUGAGGAAUGAAGGGGAGGGCAGGUGGGAGGCGGGGCUCACGCUGGAGGCUUAGAUGGGAAGCUGGGGAGGAGAGGAGAGGCGGAGAGCCAGGCUCAGGGCGUACGGUGGGGUAAUCUAGUCUCGGAACCGGCGACGCAGAGGCCUCUGGGAAACCGGAAGUGAGGAUUAUACUCAGUUUCCCCCUCCCCUCCGCCGCUUCCAAACCUUUUCCCUCCUCGGCUUCUUCGCCGGCCCUGGAACUCCCUCCGCCCCGCGCCUCCAGCCUCGGGGGAAUCUGGAGGUUCUCUUACCUUAGAGAUGUGUAAGGAGAAACCAGCUCAAAGUUACAGGAAGUAGAAACCAUAGAGACAGAAAGGAGGAACCAUAAAGACAGGAAGUGAGACAAGGCCGGGAAAAGAUGGGGGAGCUUCACCAGAUGGACUCACUCCUUUGCUGCCUCUACAGGGAGCCUGGAGCCUCAGGGAUGGCCUUUGAGAGUGACAGACUCCCAGCCCAGGAGGUGGUGACUUUCAAGGAUGUGGUUGUGGAGUUCACUCAGGAGGAGUGGUGCCUCUUGUCCCCUGCCCAGAAGGAGCUGUUCAAGGAGGUGAUGCUGGAGAAUGCCUGGAACCUGCACUCUUUGGGGCUUCCAGCUCCCCCAGAAGACAUGAUCUCUUAUUUGGAGCUGAAGGAAACCCCAUGGAUGCUGGAACAAGAAGACCUGAAGAGCUUCUGCCCAGAAGGAGAGAUCAGACUUGAAAUGGAGAAUCCAAUAGAGGUGAGCCUUCCUGUGGAAGAAAUGGACCUACAAAGUUUCAUGAGUGAUUGUCCCAAUAACUUUGCUUUCAGAGAAUUCUGUGUUGCACCUCAAAAUACAUCUCAUAUUGAACAUCAAAAAAUGCACACUGAGAAAAAGUCUGGUGAAUAUAAUCAGUGUGGAAAGACAUUAACACAGUACUCCAAUUUUGCUGUACAACAGAGGGUCCACACUGGGGAGAGACCAUAUGAAUGUGAUCAGUGUGGAAAGACAUUUAUUCGGAGCUUUAAUCUUGUUGUACAUCAGAGAAUUCACACUGGGGACAAACCUUAUGAAUGCAAGCAGUGUAGAAAAACAUUCAUUAAGAGCUCCAGUCUUGCUUUACAUCAGAGAAUCCACACUAGGGAUAUACCUUAUGAAUGCAAGCAGUGUGGAAAGACAUUCAGUCGAAGCUCCAGUCUUCCGAUACAUCAGAGAAUCCACACUGGAGAUAAACCUUACGAAUGUAAGCACUGUGGAAAGACAUUCAGUCGGAGUUCCAAUCUUGCUAUUCAUGAGAGAAUCCACACUGGGGAGAAACCUUAUGAAUGCAAGCAGUGUGGAAAGACAUUUAGUCGAAGCUCCAAUCUUGCUAUUCAUGAGAGAACCCACACAGGGGAAAAACCUUAUGAAUGCCAACAGUGUGGAAAGACAUUCAAUCAGCGCUCUGCUCUUGCUGUUCAUGAGAGAAUCCACACUGGGGAGAAACCUUAUGAAUGCAAGCAGUGUGGGAAGACUUUCAGAUUAAGCUACAGUUUUGCUGUACAUCAGCGAAUCCACACUGGGCAUAAACCAUAUGAAUGCAAGCAUUGUACAAGGACAUUCAGUACAAGGUUUGGAUUUUCUAUACAUCAGAGAACCCACACAGGAGAGAAACCUUAUGAAUGCAAACAGUGUGGAAAGGCCUUCCCUCAGAGAUCCAGUCUUGCUGUUCAUCAGAGAAUCCACACUGGGGAGAAACCUUAUGAAUGUAAGCAAUGUGGAGGGACAUUCAGUACAAGCUUUGGUCUUGUUGUACAUCAGAGAACCCACGCUGGGGAGAACACUCAUGAAUGCAAGCAGUUUUGAAAGGCAUUCAAAAAUAACUAGUUGUUUCUUGUAUAUCCUAUCUUGCUAUUGUGUGAAGGAAAUUUACUCUACCCUCUUUAUGGGGAAGUGUAACUGACCUAAGCCUGAACUGACUCAGAGGUAAGGAUUGUUUAAUAGAAAUGCUUGAUUGAGGAUUGUCAGCAAGAAAAAGGCAGCUAUGCAGUCAAGAUCUCAUGAGAUGCGGACAGAGUGAUGUCCCCAGCAUCACUCUUAUGGACUUCCCUCUGGAUGUCCUAAAGGAAAACUAAAAAGCCAUGGAUGGCUCUUGAAGUGAUAUUUUUGAGGGUGGAGAAAUGUGAAACUGAGACAAGAGCAGAUACCCAAGCAUUUUUCUUUCAGUUUUGUUUUUGGUUGGACUUCCCUGUGAGCAUGGCUAGGAUGCCCUAAUAUUGGCCACAGAAUAGCAAGGUAAAUAGAGCAGUGAGCAAAGUACAUCUCCUAUUUUUCAUCUUUUCCCCCCUCUCCCUUAGAUUAAAUAAAAUUAAUUUAACCCCAGUCUUAAUUUUCCCUCUUAUACUAUACAUCACAGAAACCACAGACAUUCACACUGAGCUCUCUCCUUCCUCAAAAAUCAUCUCUUCUAAGAUGACGUCCAAAUGGCUAUAUGAUUUAGACUUAUAGUGUGGGCCUAUAAGAAAAUUAAGGUGGCAUAGAAUAGUUUCUCUUUCAGAUCAGUUCAUUGAUAAGGGAAGAAUUCAUGACCAUAUAAGUAAUAGAUAACAUUAUGAGGUCUAAAAUAGGUCAUUUUUAUUUUAUUAAAUUCAAAGCUGUACAAAUAAAAUUGACACAGCCAGAUUAAAAGUGGAAUUAAAUGUGAAAACAAGAAAUUAUUUGCUUUACAAUAUGUCCAAUUAAGUACUUUAUUUAAAAAAAAAAUCCUAUCCAUAUUCUCCAAUGUCUAUCUAGAUCUAAACAGUUAAUUUAGGGACGAAAUAAUGUCUGCUCUAUAGAAAUCAUUUGUAAUUAGCAUAAUUUCCUAUACAAGGUUUUCUACAAAAUUCCUAUAAAGCAAAAAUUAAGAGAUGAAAAAUUAUAUUGUAUAUUUCUAAUAUGACGUAAAAUCAUUGGUGUUCCAAUGACUUCUCUUUGGUUGAAUACAUUAUCAAAAUAAUUAUUUUUAAGUGGAAAAAUCACUACAUAUCUAUCAGCUUGACAUUCUGUACUGAUUGUACCCAGAGUCCGGUGUAACAUAUCUGCUUCAAUUAUACUUUUACUGCAAUUUCUAAACAUGUGUCUUAGACAUAUCAAGUCUAAAGCUUAUUUUGCAUCAAGGUCUGUGCUACUUAUAUGGCAAAUAUUUAUCACAGCAGUAUAGAACUCAAAACUAAACAGAUUUGUUGGGAGAAGACCCAACUCUCAAUAAAGCCAGACUCUGCUCAAAUCAAGAGCAGAGACCCCAAAACUUAGGAGAUAGUUUUUUUAUGUCAAGAAUUCUGAUGACAGUGACAGAAAAGUCAUAAUUAAAAUAGAAUGGUUGCAAAAUCGUUCAUAUGGGCAUUUAAUGACACAAGUGUUGAUUAAUCUGGUAAGUGUAGAAAGGAUGACUAUGGGUGGCAACUUUGAAGUACUCAAGGUCUUGGUGUUUUUACUGUUGAUUAUUGUGAAAUAGGAUUCAGCAGUUUUGGUUAACUAAUAUGUGUGACUUGUUCUACAAACAAGACCAUCCUUUCCUUUUGUCUGACCAUUUUGUUAUACACCCAGGACAGUUGUGGUAGGAUUUAAGGAAACUCCUGGCUUACAGGCUUAAGGUCAGGAUGCAAACAAGAUUUUAUGGCACCCGGAAAUAAAUUUCUUAGCUAAUUUUUUCUAGUUUUUAUGAAGCAAACUGUAUUAUUUGAGUAUGAACUCAAAACUAAUUGUGUUAUAAAAACAAUCAUGAAGGCUAAUACUACUAUAAUCAAAAAAGAGGUAGGGGUUUCACACUCUGACAUACAAGGUCAAAUAUAAUCAUCCUAAUAGGACAACAGAUAUGAAUUGAAGUGCUACUACAUUAUAAUUUAUUUUUAAACAGUUCCAUCAAAUCUGGAUUCAUCCAUAUAAGUGAUACUUCUUCUUAAGAGACUUCUCAAGAGACAUUUGCUGUCAACACCUCAAAUGAUAGUGACUUCUACUUUCAGAUUAUUCUUCUGCCCAGGGUUAAUGACUAUCUGCCUGCUCAGGUAGAGGUCUUGAGUCCUGGAUAUGAAGGAAAGAAAAAGGAAAGUGUUGAAUAGACGGGGAAGUGGAACCCCAGAGAUGAGAGCCCAGGUAGAAUUGAAGCCCUGGGGCAGAAUUGCAGGUCUGAGAAAGAGUGUGAUCUAAGACCCUCAGAAGGAAACCUCUAAGAUUUUGUGACCAAGAGAAACUUCUCAGAAAGUGAGAUGCUACCUGAGAAGACUGAAUCCAAGAGAUUGAGGGGAUCAUGGUGGAAAUAUUCCAAGUAGUGGGUACAACGACUGUUAGGGGUAAACCUCAGAGAUGAGACUGAAUAUAUUUUUAUUUGGUUGCCAGGGUUUUUAAUUGUAAAUCUCAAUGAAAUACUCAAGUGUGAAUAGAAUUUUAUGGUGUUUUGUUUACCAUAGAAGGAAGAAAUUAAGAAUGAGAGAGAGAGAGAGAAAAGGGAAGGAUAGCUGCCCUGGUCUGGUAUGAACCCAGCGGGAAUUCAAAGGCCUCAGCCAAGGGGCCUUCCCAGAGAUUAAAUCUAGCUCAUCUUACAGCCACAAGGCCUUUUUCAAGAUGAGGGGGUCUCCUUGGAAGUUGGUGCCUCCAGAAAGCCAAGAAAAGAGGAAUCAGCCCUAACACUCACCAUGUGAUGGGCUUAGGGAAGUAGUCUGAGGUCUCACUCUCGAGCUCUUCCAAGUCAAGAUCCACCACCAACCCCCCUCUCACAGGAAGUGAUGUGAAAUGUAAAGGCAGGUUUUUAUGUCACUUCCUGUGUUUCACAUGUAGCAAUGGUGGCUUAAAUUUGAAGUUGGACAGCCUGGGAGUAAGUCAGUUUCUGAUUUGUCACUUGCUAGCACACAUGGGUCACAGACCUUCCUCCUCCACACUCAAUCCUUAAGUGAGGGUGUAUACAUUCCUGCUUGUUUAAAUUCUAAAGACUAAGCAGGGUGGAGUAAAUCUAAAAUUCACACUCAAGGAAAAGGAAAAAUUAUAAUAUCGGGCCUCUUGACCAAGAAUCAUCCAGGAGGCCAGUAUCACUGGGUCAGAGACAGAGUAGAGAAGAGUUCUUAUGGAAGAAACAUCCAGAUUUGUAGAAGAAUCUCAGACCAAGAAUGGGAGUCUGAGAUUCCAUUCAAUUUGUAAGAAAAGUAUUUAUUUGAAUAAGUUUAUGAUUGUUUAAUAACUGGUGGAAUAGUCUGGAGGUUAAUCAGGCAUCCUCAGGGCUGAUGGUUAAGUCCAGGGACUAGGACUCUUUGCCACUGAUUGUACAUAGUAGCAGCUCUGUAGUACAGUGCUAACUUCUUGUAUGGAUUAGCAGCCACAACUGUAGAAGAGCAGCUUUCCAGCUCGGUGGAUUAGGGUUGGCAUAUUUGUUAGGGCCAGGGAGCUUGUCAUCCUCGAUUCCAGAGAAAUCUCCACCUUUCCCCAAAACCCUGGAAGUGGAGCAAGGCCAAAUUCAGGUGCAUGUGUGUUUCAGGGUAUGAUGUCAUAGGGAAUAAGGAGCAUGUGCAAAUUAGGGGGAUUUUUCUGGAAUGCCAGAGCACCAGUGCACUGGCCCCUUGUUUCACAUUGUUUACUUUAUGAUCAUUGGUCAGUGUGAGAGUGGUCUCGCUGUCCUGGAAUAAGAACAUGGGGUGGGGGAUGUAGUACACUGGAGGACUGCUAUAGCUACUUAAUGAUGUUACAGUUCUAAGAACAAUAUGAGUACUUAAUGAAACCUAUUGGGCACAAAACUGAUGCCCAGUACUGAAUAUAACAUCCUGUACACAGAAUUGGUAACAAUUAUCUGCAGAUGCUACAAUUACAUGUUUUGUAGUUGAUGUUUAACCAGCUUUAAGUAGUGAGAAAUGCCAGAUUUCAGAGUCUGUGGGUCCCUUUCCUCACUACCCCCUCUGUGCCUGCUAUGAACCCACAUUAGAAUGAAGGAUAAAAAGUUUGGAAAGGGGGUUUGGGAAUUCCCUAUGAUGAAAGGCAGGGCUUAGCAAGCAGAGGCAGGCAGAAUCUUGAGGUCCUGACCCAGGCUACUGUGAAAGAGAAUUCUUUAUUGUCUAUGCUGAGUUAACACUACCUUAAGGACCUCAAUAGAUUGUGAAGGUAAGAGUAACUCCUUUGACUAACUUGAUUGAGUCAACACAAGUUUGAAAGAGGUAGAUGAGCUCAAAAACCACUUAGUGAAUUCACACCCUACUUUUUGCUAGGUUGGAGAGCUCCGCCUUUUUUAACUCAAUAAGAAACUUAUGAAUUAUUUUAAGAUUUUGUAACCUCAGAAACUAUUAGUUCACACCUUCAGAAACUGUUAAAUCAGGAAAUUGUGAAUCUUUUUCAUGAUAAAUUGACCUCUAGCUGGUGAGAAUUCAAUCUGUGAAGAUUUGAUUUAGCUACCUCCUGAUUGUAACAGUGGAGAUGCUUGGUCUAACAGAAUCAGGAAUGUCUUGUGAACUUUAUAUUGCUCCACUCUACUUAGUCUAACAAGGUCAGGAAUGUCAGUACCCAUACUUAAGGACUAAGUAUCUAGGAGAAUGGGCUUUGAUAGACAUGUGCAGAAACAGCUGACAGAUCCCUGGGCUGUCAUAAGUUUAGUUAAGCUACCUUUGGUAAUGUGAAUCUUAAAAACUAUUCAUACUAUAAUUUAGAAGAUUUGGUCUCGCUAUUCCCUUAUUGUAACAAUGGAGAUACUUGGUCUAACAAGAAUCAGGAAUGUAUUGGGAACUUUUAAAAUUGCUCCACUGUACUUAGAUAGUGCCUUAGGGGAAGACAAAGUUGUAAACUCCUGAUUGAACAAUGAAAGUCCCUAACUCAUACCUUAUAGUAAAGCUAGAACCUUAAGCUAGGUCUAUUUUUAGAUCUAAUACAAAAAGGUGUUAAGUACCUGUAAAGAUUAAAUUAAUCACAAAAAGGUCAAGUAAUUUACAAAAGGCAAGCUUAACAAAGAGGUGUGAAGUACUCAGAAGGUAUAUUCUGAUCAGAGAAGGUGUGAACUAAAGAGUGGUGAAAAUUAAGAAUGGGCAGUCCUUGAAAACCGUGUGUACUGUGAUUGGUAGACAUGAAAAUUUAUGGGAGGUGACAUGAGAGAAAAUUUCUUUAAAAGGAAGUGGUAAAAAGUCAGUUGGACCAAUUCAGUUUGGAUUGGAAGUGAGUUCUGGCUAAUUGGAGUUCAGGAGAUUCAGUGGAGGACUGGACCUUACUUGGAGAUGGCCCUGUUGUAAUAAGUAAUAAGACAUAAGACUGACUCGCUCUCCCUUAGGCUCACGGAGGCCACUUUGGCCUAGGCCUUUAACUAUUGCUUGGCUCAGCCUGAGCCAGAGCAGUUUAAAUUAAUUCUCUCUCAGUCUCUCUCUCUCUCUCUCUCUCUCUCUCUCUCUCUCUCUCUCUCUCUCUCUCUCUCUCUCUCUCUCUCUCUCUCUCUCUCUCUCUCUCUCUCUCUCUCUCUCUCUCUCUCUCUUUCUCUCCUUCCCUUAAUUCCUUCUUUCUUUAUUAAUUAAAAUCUCCAUAAAUCCCAGCUGACUUUGGUAGUUUCAUAUUUGGGAAUUUCCUAUGGCAACCACUUAUUUAGAUAUUAAGUCAAAACACUAAAAUUGUCCUUACAGUUUUGGCAUUUACAGUACAGAUAAGAUGCAGGAAAGUGUUGUAAAACCGUCUAUAUAGAGUGCUUCACUUCCUCUCUGAGAGGUGGAUCUGGAUGGUGAUUUCCUGUGAGCAGACCUGGGUGCCAGUUUGAUCCUGGAAUUAGAGCCUGGAGGAGCUCCCUCAGACAGCUUCCUUGAGACAGUCAUGUGGUGAGUGAUAAGAUUGACUUCCCUUUCCCUUGGCUCUUGGGGUAGGCCCCCUUGUCCAAGGCCUUUAACUCCUGCCUGGUUCAGCCUGAGCCGGAGCAGUUUUAUUUAACUCUUUCCCUCUCUCUCUUUCUUAAUUUAUUUCCUCUAUAUUAAUUACAAUUACCAUAAAUUUCCAGCUGACUUGGAUAUUUUAUUUGGGAUAUCCCAUGGCGACCAAUAAUUAAAUAUACUUUAAGUCACAACGCCAAAAUUAUCAUUAUAGUUUUGGCUGACCAUGUCGAUUGUGACGAAAUACCCUCAAUCUUCCUAACUUUCCUAAACUUUUUCUUUACUGUGACUAUCCCUAAAUUCAGCUUUUAAUAGUUUAUUUUGAUCAUCUGUAGAGGGAAGUAAAUUUGGAUUUUUUCCCCCUCCUUAAAUAGAAUACAGCUGUUUUUCUUUUCUUUUUUAAACCAAAAGCGGCAGGACUGGGGAAGCUAUUUAGCUAUGAAACCUGGAGAAAGUUUUGGCCUUGUCCUGCUCUCCAUGUGUUAACUUUAGAAAUAUGUGGUAAUAGCCAAUAUAUUCACAACUUACUUAAAAACUGGCUUAUCAGCUCCAUGAACAAACUUGUAAAUAUAUUAUUCCUUGUCUCACUGAUAUGGCUCAUCCCAUGGAACAUAUGGCAAAGUCUAAUCAACACACUACUUCCCCUUGGGAUUUUAAUUGUUGUAACUCUAAUAUUGUAUCUCCUUGUAAAACACAUUUCCCAGCCAAACCAACCAAUUGUUCCUUCUACUAUUCAGCAAUAUGCAGAACAAAAUACCCAGCUUGAGCUUUUAGGGGAAAGUUUGGGGGCGAUCAUAGCUUCUAUUAAAAGCAUUAAAAGAGUGUUAAGAACAUCCUGGGAUAGGAGUGAUUUAUCUCUCCAUACUCCAUCAUUAUUAGAAUCCCUGUCCCACCCUGCUCUACACAAUUUGGCUCCUACUUCUCAAAUCACCUUCUUCUAUACCCAACCCAUGCCUCCCCUUGCCCAUUCCCCCUACUCUUUCCCCUUAGCCCUUCCCCCCCUACUCCUAUCCAACCCACUCCUCCCCCUGCCCAUGCCCCCUGCCUAAACUGUUCAGCCUCAGUUCCCCUUACCUAUGCCUCCUGCCCCAACCCCUCAGCCCUCGUCCCUCCCACUACUCAUGCCUACUACCCCACCCCCUUCACCCCAAGUUCACAUCUAAUUUCACACCCUGCCCAUGCCUCCUACCCUAACCCCUCUGCAUCCUUUCCCCCAGAUACUGACCCUUCUUCCUUUGCCUCUCCUUCCCACCCUUCCCAAUUAAUUUCCCAAACUGCUCCUACUUCUCAUCCUUCUGGCACCUUGGGCCCACAGCCCCUCUCCCUCAGCUUGCUCACCCCUUCCCUUUCUCAUAACUGCCCCAUUGAGAUUGGAGCAAGAAGCCUAGACACAGGAGGACCAAAUAAUUCAGAUAGUUUAUUUCCUUUAAGGGAAUUUCCAACUUUCAAUAAAAAUGGGAACUUGAUAUCUAUAAGACACCAUACACCUUUUAACCCUGAAGAUUUAAAUACAUUCAAGGAAGAUCAUCAUUUGAGGAAGAACCAAUAUUAGUUAUAAAAAAGAAUGGAGAACAUAUUCAGAACUUUUGACCCCACUUGGAUGGAUGUUGAAAAUUUAUUAGAAAAAUUUCUGACAAAGAGAGAGAAAAAUGUCAUCUCUCUGGUUAAUCUGAAGCGAGGUAGAGGAGCAAAUUAUUGGCCAACUGAAGAUCCACAUUGGAACCCCAAUGUUGAACUAGAUCACACAAAACUAAACCAGGCCAGAAAAGCAUUAUUGGCAGCCAUGAGAGCUUGCUCUGAUAGACCUGAAAAAUGGUCAAAAUUUGAAAUAACCUGACAAGAAAUUGAUGAGACCCUCUCCCAGUUUAUGAACAGACUUAUUGACAUAGGAAAUACAUAUAUGGACCUUGAUUUAUCCAGAGAAAGGGGCAUUAGGCAAAUACGUAGGCAAUUCAUUGAGAAUUGUUGUUCAGUGGUAAUAGACUACUUUAAAACUAGCUGUCGUAAUUGGGACUCUAUGGACCUUGAAGAAUUGCGGAGAGUAGCGGCCUAUGUCUAUAAGGGUCAUAUAAAAAGACCUGAGGAACACAAUAUAUCAGUGGAAGACAUAAAGAAAGAAAUUGAAAUGUUAAAGGAACAAUUGAAAAAUCAGGGAGAGACCAUAGCCCCUUUGCAGGAAUCCACAGAUAAAUCAUUAACAUGCCUUUUCUGUGGGAAGAGAGCCCAUGCAACGAUGGUCUAUAGGAGCUGGCUAUGGGAAAAAAGGAAUAAUAAUACCUUUAGAAAUAAUGACCAUAGAAAUGAAUAUGAUAAUAAUCAUAGAAAUCACAAUUUUAGAACUGAUAGAAAUAACUAUAAUGACUAUAGAAAUAAAAAUUUUAGAAAUCACAAUUAUAGAAAUAGAAAUUGGUAAAAUAACCACAGUGCUCCAAAUGAGGAAAAUGAUAAUGCCCAACAACAAUAUAUAAAAAAUGGAGUUUGUCCAUGCUAUACUCUUGGUGAAAAUCCCCAUCAGAGUUAGGGAUCCCAGAAAACUACCCAAGUACCUUUAUGAAGUGUAAACCUUAAAAUUUCUUAGACUUAUAAAUGUUGGAAAUUUCACCAUUGGGAAAUUUCAUACUUGAAAAAUUUCCUAUUGAUAGUGGGAACUCUAUUGGAAUGUGAACCCCAUUGGCAUGGGAGGUUCCUCCUCCUCCCUUCUUAAGAUUACUUUAGCACAGAAACCUUUUACUGAACAAUGGAAAGGGCUUUGACCUAUGCUUAAGCAUAGAACAGGAAUUUCUUUUGAGUCAUGAUUGAUUUUAGAAUUGAUACAAUAGAGAUACUUGGAAUGACAGAACCAGGUCUUGGAAAAUACAAUUUCCACCCCACUCAGUCCUAACAGGAUUUAAGAAGGGCUGCAGCAAAGGAUCAAAAUUUAAUUAUUGAGAAUAUGACCUUCAACAGACAUGUGCAAAGGGGCAGACCUCUGGGCGGUCCUGGGUUAAGCUAGAGCCACCAUUGGCACAGGGAAAUUGAUGGACAGUGAUUGGUAGAUGUGAGAACUGAGGGGAGGGAACUUGGAUGGUUUCCUUAAAGAUAGAGGGGUCUGAGGACUGAGGAGGGUUGGUUGGAGAGGUUUUUGGUCUGAGAGGUGGUGCUUUGAGAGUUGGCUCUGAAGGAAGCUGGAAGUGGAGGCCCCUGAGACUGUUUCUCCAUUUUGGUCACGUGAGUAAUAGGGACUGAUCUCCUUUCUUUGCCUCAGCUAUCUAAGGGCUUGGGCCUUUUGGCCCAGCCUAAACAGAAGGGGUAUUUAAGCCCUAUUCCCUUCUCUCCCCUUUCUCUCUCCCUCUCUCUCUCUAAUUCCUUUCUUCCUCCUGUUUGUAAUUAAACUCUAUAAAAGGUUGACUGCUGACUUGAGUUUUCAUUUAGGAAUUACAUAGCUAAAUUCCUUGGCGACCUUAAAUUAAUACAUAUAUCAGUCUUUUAAAGUGAUUUCCUUGUCACAGAAGGUGUAAAGGGUGGGUGAGGGCCUUGGAACCAGAGUGGAACCUUUGAUUUUCAAGACCCAGAUAUUUUAAUGCCAGUAAUCCCUAUACAUGCCCCCCCCCCCAUCCCCUGCAUAGUAAGGAACCUCAUGUCACUUUAAAGGUGAGAGAUUCAUACUAUGAUUCUCUUUUGGACACUGGGGUGUCUUAAGUCAGUUUUGGUAAGCAAACCAGAUGGAAAAUGUGAAUCUAUUGGUUCUCUAAAUGUAGUAGGUGUAGCAGGAAAACCUUUAAAGGUCCCAAAACUUUCUCCUCCCAUGGUAUGCAUGGGACCCCUAACUGUUGAACAUUCUUUUCUUUUAAUUCCUGGAUCCCCCACAAACUUGCUGAGGAGGGAUUUGCUAUGCAAACUACAAACCACAAUAAUUUGCACCCCAGAUGGCUUCUUAUCAUUGGAUGUACUUGAGGAAUCUUUAAAUUUACUCCCUGUACUUCUCUCAGAGAACCAGGAGGCAAAAGAGCCUCCCACUUUUGUAAUACCUACAGAUAUACUCGAGUCUCUUUGGGCCACAUCUUCUUCUGAUGUAGGCAUUCUUAAAUCAGCUAUUCCUGUGCAGAUAAAAACUAAAUCUAGCUCACCUCCUUCAAUUCCUCAGUAUCCUCUCUCAAAGGAGGCAAUAGAGGACAUUAUCCCAAUAAUAAAAUCAUUAAUUGAACAGAGAAUAAUAAUCCCUUGUAAAUCUGAUUACAACAUGCCCAUCCUGCCCAUUAAAAAACAAAAAACAGGCCCAAUGGCAAGCACCUCUAUAGAUUUGUACAGGAUUUGAGGGCUGUGAACAACUAUGUUUCAAAGAGACAUUCCAUAAUUUCCAACAUAAAUACUAUUAUUUCCUCUAUUCUUAGCACAGCUACAUACUUUACAGUAGUGGACUUCUGUUCAGCCUUCUUUUCCAUUCCCAUACAUGAGAACUCCAGGUAUAUCUUUGCUUUCACCUGGAAGGACUCACAUGGAGUUGUCUGCCCCAGGGUUACAUGGGAAGCAUGAGUUUAUUUGCACAAAUUUUGAGCCAAGACACAGAUAAUAUAACAUUUAUCAAUUUAUCAAAUUUAUAAAUUUAUCAAAUUAAUCAAAUACAUAAAUGAUCUACUCUUGGCUUCAACAGACACAGAAGUAUGUCAGGAAGAUAGUAAACACCUUCUUUUGGAAUUGCACAAAAGAGGGCAUAAAAUCUUGAAGGAUAAGGUUCAGUGGUGUCUUCCUAAAGUAGAAUAUUUGGGGUUCAUUCUGACUGUGGUUGCCCAUUCUAUUUAUCCAAAAUGAAUUGAAAAUAUUCAAAAUUUGAGGGCUCCUACCACUAAGAAACAGUUGGGAGCAAUUUUAGGAGCAACAGGGUUUUGAAGAUGAUGGAUUCCUUGCUAUGGGGAAAUUACUAAACCCCUUAUAGCACUAACUAGAGAUUCAGUCCCUGAACCCCUCAAUUUAGAGCCAGAACACCUGUCAGCUCUAUCAGAUCUAAAACAGGUUAUCCUGUCUGCCCCUUCUCUAGGCAUCUCAGAUUACAACAAGCCAUUUACAUUGUAUGUGCAUGAGCAAAGAGGGUUAGCUUCAGGUGUUUUAACUCAGACUUUGGCACCUUCUCAGUGCUCAAUUGCUUAUUAUUCUGCCCAACUGGACCCAGUAGCAUCAGGAGCACCACCAUGUCUUAGAGGAGUAGCUUCUAUAGCCUUACUAGUGAGAAAAAUUGUUGAUCUAGUAUUGGGAUGCCCAUUAACAAUUUCUUGUUAAGGCAUAGAACACAGGCAUUCUCAGAUCAGCAAAUUACAAGGUAUGAAAUAACCUUGUUAAAGAGCAAAAACAUCACCUUGAAACGCUGUACAACCCUUAAUCCUGCCACCUUGCUUCCAGAUUUACCAACUUCAGGAGAACCAUUACACAGUUGUGAAACACUAGUGUCCAUGGCAGAAAAGCCUAGAGAUAAUCUCUUGGACACUCCCUUAGACAAUCCAGCUUUGGUCUUAUUUACUGAUGAUUCCUCUUUUAUGAGGGAUGGCAUACACUACACUGGAGCUGCUGUAGUCACAGAAUUUGCCACUGAGUGGUCAGCUUCACUUCCCUCUAAUAUUAGCACUCAAGGUGAAGAACUCAUAGCUCUGAAACAUGCCUGUAUAAUUGCCAAGGAUAAAAAGGCAACAAUUUAUACGUAUUCUAGAUAUGCUUUUGUCAUUUGUCACUCAGUCAGGAUGCUAUGGCUCCAGAGAAGAUUUUUAACCUCAGCUGGAAAAUCUAUAGCUAAUGCAGAAAUUAUUAAUGAAGUUCUUUCUGCUCUCCAGCUGCCUGAAGCCCUAGCUGUAGUUUAUUGCUCUGCUCAUACAGGUGGCACUGAUUUUGUCUCUAGGGGAAAUGAUUGAGCAGAUGUCACUGCAAGGCUAGCAGCCAUAGAAGGGCCUGGAUUAAUUUCAACAUUAACAAGCACUGAUAAAUUAAAUUUAUCACUUUCCUAUAAUGAAAAGGAAGUGGAAAAAUGGAAGCAAAAAUUCAAAGCAAAACAGAUUAAUCAAUUAUGGGUGUCAUCUGAAGGAAAACCCCUGCUCCCUAGAAGUUUCUAUCCGCAAAUUUGCCAAUCUGUUCAUAAAAAUGAUCACUUUGGCACCCAGGGCAUCGUGGACUCUGUUAAGAGUGUAUGGAUAGCUCCUGGUAUAACUACUAUAGCCUCUAAGGUGUGUACAGCCUGCUCUAUUUUCCAAGCAUAUAACCAACAUGCUUUUCAUGGCAAAGCCUUUGCUGGGCGUCCUCUGGCUUACACAGCUUUUGAGAACCUACAAAUAGAUUUCAUAGCAAUGCCAAAGACUGGACAUUAUAAAUUUUGUCUAGUCAUAGUAGAUCAACUGACCAGAUGGCCGGAAGCAUUUCCUGUGAUCCAACCCUCAGCGGCUUUUGUUGCUAAGGUGCUUUUAAAAGAAAGUAUUUCUCGGUUUGGCCUGCCAGCAUAUAUUGAUUCAGAUAGAGGAAGUCAUUUUACUGAUUCUGUCCUAAAUCAGAUAUAUUCUUGCUUGGGGAUAACUCCCAAAUUCCAUGUUCCAUAUCAUCCCCAGAGCUCAGGCCAAGUUGAAAGUAUGAAUAAAGAACUUAAAACUAUGAUUGUCAAAUUAUGCACUGAGACACAUUUAAAAUGGCCUGAAAUUCUUCCUCUGGCCCUAUUUUAUCUUACAAGCAGGCCCAGAGGAGACCUACACAUCUCACCAUUUGAGAUGCUUUUUUUAGUGACCACCCCAAGGAGUCCUGUAUUAUUUAUCUGUGGGUAAUAACCUGAGAUGGAGAAGGGAGACUAAGGAAAUGGGAGAAUGAUACAGACUCAAAGACAGCAGGUUCAAACAAAUGGGGAGUAAGAAGAAGUCUGAGGAAAUAUGAGGAAUAAGAGAAUAGGGGGGAGUAAUAGUAGUUUCUCGGUAACUGAGGAUGACGAUUGUCUUUGUGCGUUUUCAUCUAUGAGAGAUGAGUGUGCACAAAGACACUCAUGCAUGAAGGAGAUUUAAGUGGAAAAGUCGAUGCAAAGAAACUCUCUCGGCUUUGGAAGCCUGGGUCCAGUGGCACGAAAAGUCGUUACACCUGGAGACUUCCUCAGCUGCAUUGGAUCGCCGUGUUGUCUUUUGUGCUCCAACACACCCUAAGCACUCCACAGUGCUUUGCUGCUUCGCCAUCUCAGCUGCUGAACCUUCUUAUUGGUUUCUUCUGUCUGUUCAGCCGAAGCAGUCUUCACAUGCUGGGUGAGCAAGGCCCUGGCUCACCAGGGGUCUAUGACCCGAUGGCUACCCUCACAAUGUUUAGCCGGCCUGUCGAAGCCGUUGCCCAGGGUGUGGCCACUGCCUCAUGCUAGCAGCUACUAGGAGCCACAAGUGAUAGCUGGGUGUCAGGUGGAGGUGGUGGUGUCAGAGGUUGGAGAGCUGCCAUAGAAGAGCUCGACAAGUCCUCCAGAGAUACUACCCCUCCCUGAACACCCCAUAUACCCCAGGUGGGGAGUACCAACUCCUUAAUACUACUUAUAGACAAGGGAAUCUGAUCAUUAUUAGGAAGUACGUGAACUUCAUGAAUCCGGAGCUGCAGUACAAGCUGGACCAUUAGACUUUUCUCUUCAUGACCUGAACCCAGGAGAUAAAGUGUAUAUUAAGAAUUUCAAGCAAACUGGAGCAACUCAACCUUCGUGGGAAGGACCAUUCCAAAUAUUGUUAACUACUCCAACAUCUAUAAAGAUUGGAAAAAAGGACUCUUGGAUUCACUGCUCACAUGUAAAGAGAGCAUCUUCUGUUGAGACUGGUUGACUGUACCCUAUUACAUGCAUUGGAGAUAAUAAUCCAUUGUCAGGUGGAUGCUGUUUUUUUCAAGAACACAUUGAAUUCAUGAUUUUUUUUUCUUUCCCCCUUAUUUUUAUUAUUGCUUUUGUUUUAUUUUUAUUAGAAUAUUUGAUUUUUUCUCUUUUUUCUCAUUUAUUAUACUAAAGGUACAUACAAUUUAUAUUAUUUUACUACAGUAAUACAAGUUUUAUAUGUAUAUAUAUACAUAUAUAUACUUGGUAUAAUAUCAAUGCAUACCCCAAAUCUUUAAACUGUGGGAACCUGCCAUUUAUUGAUAAAUGUUAUAGGACUGUGAUUAUUUUUUGUGUCUGAUUCUAGGAGAUGGGAUAAAAACAAGGAGCAGAGACUUAA